AUGUUGAACGAAAAAGGUGUCUCAAACCAGAAAGAAAUGAGAUCCUUCAGUGAUAAGCUCGAUAAUGCUAUGGGAUGGAAAGACGGAUAUAAAGAAACAAGUGGAACAAGAGGCUUCAUUCAUGGUGCUUAUCAUACUGGUGUUGGUGUUGCAAAGUUUGUAGUUGGGAACACUUAGGGUGCAAAAGCAGAAUUAAAUAGAGCUGGAACAUAAUUUUCUAAAAUGAUUGGCUGA